GCUUAAAAAAAUAUUGAUUUUGUUAGAAAAAGAAAUGAAAUUGUUUUGAUAUGGAUUUAUCCACUGAACCGAAACCUACAAGUGAAAGAAAAAGCAGUGAAGAAUGUUUGGAAAAUUUAAUUACAAAGGUUCCUACCAAUAAUAAAAACGGCAAAAUGCCAGGAUUUUCUCAUGAUAAUAAUAACUCAGAUUCUGAGAAGAGAGAGAAUAAAAUGAAUGGAGGGAAAUUGUAUUCUGGAGUGGUAUCUAAUUCAAUAGAACAUUUUGAUUGUAAAGGCCAAGAAAAACGAAAGGGAGUUAAUGCAACCAAAAAAUUAGAAAUUGGAAAUAGGAAUGAUGAUGAAAUAGAGUAUUUUGAAGACGGUUUAAAAUUGCAUGCAUAUGAAAAAGAAGCUUUAAAGGAAGACAAAGAAAAUGUGGAAAUGGAAACAGAUUUUCUGCAGCAAAUUAAUCUUCAAAAUGACGUCUCGAGAAGUAGUUCCAACACCUCUUCAGAAAACUCUUCAGGAAUAGAAAAUGAUUUUAAAUUACACGAUAGCAUAUUUGAUGACUCAUCAACAAAACAAUUUCCUAAUGUAGAGGGUUAUAAUUUAGCCAAGUAUUCAUGCAAAAAAGAAAAUGAAGUUUUUAAAAAAUCAGGUGUUGGAGAGAACGAACAAGAAAAAAUAAAUUUGAUAAAUAUCAAAGAUAAUAUCUCAACAGAAGAUAAAUGUGUAGUUUCUUCUCACAAUGAUAUUUCACUCUUUGAUGCCAUUAAAUUUCCUUAUAAGAAUCCUUCAAAUGCUUUUGACGUUGUUGUUCCACUUAUUGGCAAAACUCUGAUAUCAGUUGAUGGCAUAAAACCAUUUAAUAACCGAUAUGAUCUAGCAGCAGAAAUAAACCAGUUGAAGGGUAUUCAGGAUGCUCCUUUUAUGCCAAAAUUAAGUUACCAUGAAUGGAGAAAACAGAGGGAUGCACGAUCCCAAAAGGAAAAAGAUCGAGAAGAAAGGUAUGAAAAAUUCACAGCUGUAAAAACUGCAGCAUAUAUUAUUCAAAUUUCUGUUAGUAUUCUGCAAGAAAUGCAGAAUGAUAAUCCGGAUGAAGAAAUAAUUCAAAGAUGCUUUUUAAGAUUUCUUCGAGUACCUGCUUCGACCCUUUCAUUAAUACUUUCAUCUCAGUUUGUUCAUGUCAUGAUGUACAUUCGAGGGUCUUCAGAUUUUUCUCAUAAGCUUAGGCGUACAGCUGAUCAAUGUUAUAUGAAAUGCCAUGUUAUGUUUCCAAUUCCAGAUGGAUAUAAUUUUGAAACAGUUUAUACAUCAGAAGUAGUAAAGAAUCUUCCAGAUCAGUUGAAUGGAAUGCGCAAUUUUAUCCUUGAUUAUGGUGAUUUUGAAUUUCCUGUUUCAGAAAGUGAUGAUUCAGCUUUUUCAGAUAAUAAUGGAGAUUAA